AUUAAAGUCACGUGGUAUGAGACAGAAAAACAAGAUGGCGGUCGAAUGGACAAGGGAUAAAGUUGAACGUUUGGCAGAGUUGUGGGAGGCUAAACCAGUAUUGUAUAAUACAACGCUCCCUGACUAUCAUGAUAGAGUGGCUAGGAGGAAUGCAAUUGCGGAGAUAGCGAAUGCUUUAGAAAUGAGUGCAAUGGAUGUUUCUUGCAAAAUCAAAAACCUUAGAAGUCAGUUCUGCAAAGAAAUUGCCAAAGGCACCAAACCCAAAAGUGGUUCUGCCACAGAUGAUGUCACACCAAAGUCCAAAUGGCAAUAUUUGACACUGCUUUUGUUUUUAAAAGAUCAUGUGGAAUGUAGAUCAUCUCGCUGCAAUCUUGAUAAAGUAUGUUGUCUUGUUUGAGAACUUAGUUUGAGCUAAUGCAACAUGUAUGUUUAGGGUUUACUUUG